AUGACUCAGGUCCCCCCCACGCCUCCCAGAUCCCCCACGCCUCCCAGAUCCCCCACGUCCCCAGGUCCCCCCACGCCUCCCAGGUCCCCCACGCCUCCCAGAUCCCCCCACGCCUCCCAGAUCCCCCCACGUCCCCAGGUCCCACCCCCACGCCUCCCAGGUCCCCCCACGCCUCCCUGGUCCCCUACACCUCCCAGAUCCCCCACGCCCCCUGGUCCCCCACGCCUCCCAGAUCCCCCCACGUCCCCAGGUCCCCCCCCCACCUCCCCAGACGCCUCCCCCCCCCACGUCCCCAGGUCCCCCCACGCCUCCCAGGUCCCCCACGCCUCCCAGAUCCCCCCACGUCCCCAGGUCCCCCCACGCCUCCCAGGUCCCCCACGCCUCCCAGAUCCCCCACGUCCCCAGGUCCCCCACGCCUCCCAGAUCCCCCCACGUCCCCAGGUCCCCCCCACGCCUCCCAGGUCCCCCACGCCUCCCAGAUCCCCACGUCCCCAGGUCCCCCCGCCUCCCAGGUCCCCCCACGCCUCCCCUGGUCCCCAGAUCCCCGAGGUCCCCCCCUACGCCUCCCAGAUCCCCACGUCCCCCAGGUCCCCACGCCUCCCAGAUCCCCCACGCCUCCCAGAUGCCCAGGUCCCACGUCCCCAGGUCCCCCCAGUCCCCCACCUCCCAGAUCCCCCACGUCGUCCCCCCACGCCUCCCAGAUCCUCCCAGAUCCUCCCACGUCCCCAGGUCCCCCCACGCCUCCCAGGUCCCCCACCCCCCUACGCCUUCCCAGAUCCCCACAGGUCUCCCACGCCUCCCAGAUCCCCCCACGUCCCCGCCCCCACGCCUCCCACGUCCCCAGGUCCCCCCACGCCCCCCAUGAGGUCGUGUUUACAGGUCAUCCAGCAGAGACCCCCAUCUCAGUCAGGUCUCACUAGUACGACCACCUGA